ACCGAGGGGCUGUCGCGUUCGCUUGGUCGCGUGUUAUGGGGUUUCUCCGUCAGUCAGAUAACGUAUCGCGGGGUUCCUCUGUCAGUUGGUCAUUGGAAUUUGCUUCCAGGAAGAAUAAUCACUGAUUCUCCAGUCUGUGCAUGUAAUUAAGCUCAAUUUCUCUGGAAUUGUUCUAGUCUGAAGUGGACUUGAGUAUCGCCGUUUCCUGAAAUCAGCAACUACAUUUCACAAGGACAAAAAUGAAACAAAUCAUUGUUGGAAUUGGAGGCAUGACAAAUGGUGGAAAAACCACACUUGCAUGCAGUCUUAAGAAAGCACUUCCAAACAGCUUUUUAAUAUGUCAAGAUACAUAUUUCAAGGAUUCGGCUGAUGUAGAGGUUGGAGAAGAUGGCUUUCAGCAGUAUGAUGUCAUCACAGCUCUGGAUAUGGAAGCAAUGAUGAAUGCAGUAUAUGCCUGGAUGAAGAACAUGGCUGCCAUACAUGAGGAACAAGCAGUUCCAGAGUACAAUGGUCUUGGCAUCCUAAUAGUAGAAGGGUUCCUUCUUUACAAUUAUAAGCCAUUGAAUGAUGUUUUCAAUCAGCGCUAUUAUCUCUCAAUUCCAUAUGAAGAGUGCAAGAGACGAAGAUGUUUAAGAACCUAUGAACCCCCUGAUCCUCCUGGAUAUUUUGAUGGACAUGUGUGGCCAAUGUACCUCAAAAACAGAAAAGAAAUGGAAGAGAAACUAACCAACAUAAUUUACUUGGAUGGAACAAAAUCCCCAGAGGACCUGUUUACUCAAGUGUAUGAAGAUAUUUUAAAGGAAAUUCAAAAACUCCAAGACAGUUGCUGAUUGUUGUUGACAACUCCAGUGACUAAAGGCUUUCAGCAAUGAGCUACCUUUACCUGAAAGAAGUCAUGUGAAAAUCUAUACGCGCCAUUGGAAUGUACAUAACUGAAGUCUAGAAGGAAUCUAAUCAUUGAUAAUCUUGCCUAUGCAGACUUUCUAUUUCCAAAAGUUUAAUUCCUGCUCAAAUAAAGCUCUAUUUUGUUACUAUGUCAGAAUUAAUCUUGGCAAUUCCCUACCUUUAUCUCUUUUUAGACAUCCACCAAUUGAUAUUCUAUCAACUUUUGUGUUCUGUUCCUAACUGAUUAGGAUUUGGUGGAAUAGAUUAAUGUGGUGUUUCCUUCUUCAACCUUGACCUAGAAAUUUCAUCAGUUAAACAAUGCCCAAUGUGCUUUAUCUUUAGAGAGAAUUUGGAUAAUUUCUACUCUAUUUUUUGAAUAUUUGACUUUUAUGAAAUCAUAGAUUAAUACAGCACAGAAACUGACCCUUCAGCCCAACUCGUCCAUGCCCACCAAGAUGCCCAUCUAAGUUAGUCCCAUUUGCCUGUGUUAGACCCAUAUCCCUCUAGACCUUUCCUAUCCAUGUAUCUGUCCAAAUGUAUUUUAAAUGUUGUUAUUGUGUCUGCCUCAACCACUUCCUCUUUCUCCUGUAAUUUUUACACUACUGUAAUCACAAUUCUGGUACUGACUCCAUCCUCCAAUCCUAUUGACGUCCUACUCAAAAGUUCUUGGUCCCACAAAAAUGCAAGGCAAUGAUGAUCUCCCACAAGCGGGCAUCUUAACCCUUGACCUUGCCAUUCAGUGGCAUUACUGAGUCCGCCACCAUCAACAUCCUGUGGGUUACUAUUGACCAGAAGCUCAGCUGGACCAACCACAUAAAUACAGUGACUACAAGGGUACCUCAGAAACUGGGUAUCCUGUGCUGAGUGAUUCACCUCCUUAUACCUGAAAACCCUUCCACUGUUAACAGGGCAUAAAUCUGCUUGCCUCUAGUCUGCAGCUUCGCAACUCUCAGGAAGUUUGACACCGUCCAGGACAAAGUAGCCACUUCAGUGACAACCACCCUAAACACCAUUCCCUCCAUCACUGGCAUACAGAAGCUGCAGUGUAUAUCAUCUACAAAAUCCACUCUAGCUACUCAUGUUGCCCUCUCUAAUAUCACCUCCCCUAUCUGUAAUCUUUACCACCAAGAAGGACAAGAGCAACAAGUUCAUGUGAACACCACCACCAUUAAGUUCUCAUCCAAGUUGCACACUGUCCUAACUCAAAAAUAUAUUGCCAUUCCUUCCUUGUGUCUAAAUCCUGGAGCUCCCUAACAACAUGACAGCGGCUCAAACAUGCAACUCACCACUACCUCUCAAGGGCAAGUAUGGAUACCAAUGAUGUAUAGAUCUCAAAAAGUGAAUAAGUAAAAAUAAAUUCAAAUUUCCUGCCAACACAGUGACAUACCAGUCCCAUUAAUGACUCACACCAAGAGUUCUGGCUGCAACGUUGGUGCUCAACCAGCCCACAGAGCCAUGUGUUCUACAAAGCCUAGGUUUUGUUUUCCAGGUCACCCUCCUUUUAAAACAAUUGUCUUCCUCAGUUGGGCACCAGUAAUGCUACAAGUUCUAGUACCAUCAUUUUUAGCUGAAGUAUCAUAACUUUACUGUAACCACAAAUUAUACUAUACUUCAAAUAAAUAUUGGAUCUACAUUAUAAAUUUGCUUUGCCCCUUACAGAGCUCAAGUAGUUAUAUCCCAGCUCUGCUUUCCAAUCUCCUUAUCCCCAUAUUAAAUUUGAUAAUCAACAUAUCUGUCAGACUCCUUUCGUUCCCUUUCUGCUCAUCAGACCCUCGUACCUUGCACCCAUCCAAUUCCCAGUCUAUAUCUUCUCAUUUCAAAUGUUUUUUGACCUAUCCCAAAUCCACUUUAUUUUCCUUCUCUAUCCCAGCACCAAUAUGGCCUGUCUUUUGUAUCCAUCCCAGUUCCAUUCUCACACUUGAUUCUCACUGCAUUGCACCACCCUGUACAUUCUUGUGCUAAUGAUUAAGCUUUGUCUGAUUGAUAGUACAUUUUAAUAUUGUUCUGUCUAUCCCAUCCUAUAAAACACAGCCUAAUUCUUACUCAUGUCUAAUUUUCUUCUCCUCCACUCCGCUGUAUAAUUCUCCAACGUUUCAGUUACAAUCUCCAAUUCUUCUGUCUCCUUGCUCCUCAAAGGCCCAAAGAAAAAUUACAUUUAUAUUGCAUAUUGUGGCCUAUCACAAUGACAGUUUACUUAUAGUUCCUAUCCUGAUACCAGCCCAAUUAAAAUUUCAAAAUGUACUAGAGUUAGAUAAGCCAAAUCUGCAGUCUAUGUUUAAUGACAAUGUAGCACACACUUUAAGGGUUAACUAUCCUUAUCAUAUUUUAUUUAUAUCAUUAUUGUUGCUACUAAACCAUUUUUGGCACAGUACAGAAAGUAUUAGUCAAAGCAAAGUCCACAUUGGACUUAUUAUCUUCAAAUAAUGUUUGAUUGAAAUGUGAUUUUUUAAAUUCAAUCUAAUUUAGCACUGAUAGCUUAUCUUAAUGAUAAAUUGAUUACAUAUGGUUAUUGAAAAUAACUGAAGAAUUUGUGUGAAUUAGUUCACAAUUUAUUGUGUCUAUGAUUGCUAUAAAUAUUGAAAACUGAAUUAAUAAAAAUUAAAGAACCUAUCUUUACUUAAUCCCC